AUGGCUCCACGAAUUGGCGAAACCGUUCAGCCAGAUGACCUAACCAGAAGGGCACAUCACCAGAUCUCUGAAAUGUUGAGAGACUCCUCGAAGCGACUCUUUCUCAUGGGCAUCUUGGCCAGCGACGAUGCUGGCUCUAGCCAGUACGCGAACUGGACUCGCAAAACCUGUCAGGAAAUCGGAGUGCAUUUCCACCUGAUGAAGUUGUCCCCCGAAAAUGUGGCAACCUACAUCCGGGCGAUCAACGACAACAACAGUGUCCAUGGCAUCCUCGUGUACUAUCCGAUCUUCGGUGACCAGAGAGACGACGAAAUCAGACAGCUUGUCGCGCCGAGCAAGGACGUCGAAGGACUGAACCAUCAGACUGUGCACCGGCCCUCGGAUGUUGCAGAGUCCAGACCACCAAAACAGGGACGGAGUAUCAUCCCCUGCACGCCAAGGGCGGUUACGUGGAUCCUGGAGUGGAUGGAUGUGCAUGAUCGCACACGGCCCGCCGGGGAACGGCUGCGGGACCAGGAGAUCUGCAUCAUUAACCGGUCUGAUGUGGUGGGAUUGCCACUCGCGCAAUUGCUCGCGGGGGAAGGCGCUCGCGUCUACAGCGUGGACAUCUCCGGUGUCCAGCUCUUCCAACGCCUGUACUAUCCUUGGCACUCCGAAGGUCUACACGGAAAGGAUCUCCCGAACUGGACGCUGCAGACGGCCGUGCAGCGGUCUCGAGUGGUCAUCUCGGCGGUUCCAGAUCCCGCGUUCAAGGUGAAUACGAAGUGGCUUCAGCGUGGCGCCAUCUGUGUCAACGUUUCUUCAGAAAAGAAUUUCGAGCCUAACGUGGUCGAGGUGGCGUCUAAGUUUGUCCCACGCGUUGGCAGCGUCACAAUCGGAGCUCUCCUGUAUAAUCUCAUCCUGUGUUCGGCACGGAGCUAG